GCAAUAAAGUUUCGAUUGUAGCAGAGUGUCAUCUGUUGUUUUUGUUUAGAUAGGCAGCAGAUAUAUGAGGUACUGUCAACGGUUUUAGCCUUCCUUCUUAAAGACAUUUUUGGCAGACACAAAGAGGUUUUAAAAAGUGAUAUUUAGUCUGUUUAAUGGGUGCCGUAGAAAGCACCGAGAGGGAAAGGGAACCGUUGUUGGGUCCGGCUCAUCCAGCGACCAACACACAGCCAGUGUUGAGUCGGGUGUAUGGGAGAAGAUGGGUCGUUCUUACCUUGUUUUCACUGCUGGGAUUUAUGCAAGGACUGGUGUGGAACACAUGGGGUCCGAUACAGAACUCAGCCAAACACGUGUUUGAGUUUUCAUCCACAGAUAUCGCGGUGCUGGUGAUGUGGGGUCCAGUGGGUUUUUUGCCCUGGCUGUUGUUUAUGUGGCUAAUGGAUAAGAAAGGUUUACGAGCAUCUCUGCUACUGUCAGCGUUCUUAAUGGUGCUGGGUGCAGCGAUAAGAACUGUGCCACUCAAAGACCUGCAAUACAGACGAUGGUUAAUACAUGGAGGACAACUUCUGAAUGGUUUAGCUGGUCCUACCGUUAUGGGUGCCGGUCCUCUCCUAUCUACCACUUGGUUUGCUCCAGAUCAAAGGGCCACAGCCACCGCUAUUGCUUCACUGGUCGGCUAUUUGGGAUCAGCCUGCGCCUUUCUGUUCGGUCCACUGGCCGUCCCUGCACCCAAUGAUACCCAUAUAUUCAGCGGCACCAUCCAUGUGACCCACAACCACAUUGGAGACAGGAUACAGUUUGUUCUUUACACAGAGUUCGGCAUGAUUGCAGCAAUUUUCGUGGCCAUCCUGUUUUACUUCCCAUCCAGACCUCCCAUCCCUCCCAGCGUGGCAGCGGCCAGUCAGCGCCUCAGCUACAGAAGCAGCAUCUGCAGGCUUCUGAGCAACAUGCGGUUCCUGAUGAUAGCACUCGCCUACUCCGUACCCACAGGUGUUGUUGCCGGCUGGGCCGGCGUGCUGGAUAUGAUUCUUACACCUGCCAAAAUUAACCAGGUGGAUGCUGGUUCAAUUGGGUUCUGGUCCAUUGUUGGAGGGUGUGUGUUUGGUGUGGCCAUGGCAAGGUUCGCCGACUCCAUUCGAGGAAUGCUGAAGCUGAUUCUGGUACUGAUGUUUGCCGGGGCGUCCUUGGCAGCCACAUGGUUCACUCUCACCUGUCUACCCAGACUCACACACCUGCCCUCCACUGAAGCCACUCUCUACACCUCCUGUAUCCUUGUGGGUAUCUUCAUCAACAGCAGCAUACCCAUUUUCUUCGAGCUGAUCAUCGAGACCGUUUACCCUGUGCCCGAGGGCAUCACCUGUGGAUUGGUCACCUUCCUUAGCAACCUCUUCACUGGACUUUUGCUGUUUUUUCUCACCUUUUACUUCACAGAGUUAUCCUGGUUGAACUGGUGUCUAACAGGUUCCUGCAUCUUCAGUCUCCUCCUCAUCAUCUUCUUCAGGGAGUCAUACGACCGCCUCUAUUUGGACGUCUUUGUUUCGGUCUGAGCACACACAUGCAUCUUUUUAACAGAAGACUAUGUUGAUUUGGGAAUGUUGCAAACAAAAGGAAGGGCACAAAACAUGCUGCUCACUUUUAUGGGUCUGUGUUUUGUUAUUGUGAACUAUAGGCUAAAACCAGCAGUGGUGACAGUGUUAGCAUCGUAACUAACUGUGAGAAACUCAAAUUACAGAGACGUAAAGUGUAGAUCUUGACCUUUGUACUUGACUUUUACCGUCGUUUUAUAUUUUGUUGUCAUUUUUUACUUUUUUUUUUAAGUAUCAGUGGUAAUUAUGUGUUUACAUGUCAAAACUUUGAGAUGCUUAGAGAUACUGGCACGAUACUGAUGGAUUUGGCAGUGACCCAUGGUGAUGGCUCCUACAGCGCUCUCAUGACAUCUAAUGGGAGCGUAAUGGAUAAUUAUAGACAAGCUUAAUUAGCUGCCUGGCGGGAGCUACAGCAGUCUGUGGACUAGAGACUUCUUAGUUUCGUAAUGUCACUUGCGAAUAGCCCGUGGGAUGCGAGCUUUAAUUGACCCGUGAUGGGCUUGUCAAUAAGUCACAUAUGCCGUUUUCCUGUUUCCCUUAUCGAUACAUAUUAUGCAAGGAUCCAUGAUCUUUUCCCUGUGGGACUUGGCUGGUAGGCUAGCAUGGUAUGCUGUGGUUGGACUUUUAAGCCUAGAUGUUUAAGCUUGGUUUAAAUGUACCAUCGCCUCAAGGGUUUAGGUGAGAAGGGAUGCGUUAUACUUAUUAAAACAUAGUAGCAGACAGUUUGUGUUUCUUAACCAUUGUUAUGCAGCCGGUUGGCUUGGAUUAUAGCGGUAGCAUGCACACAUAGCGGUUGCCCAUUGCACAAGACUUUUAUUUUUAUUUUAUGCAAUCUGUCAUGUUUUAGAAGGAUUUAAAUGUAAUUUAUUGACUAGUUCUGUCUUACAUUUACUCUGCUUUUAAAGGAUGAAUACACUAAAAUUGACGGUUUUUAUGACUGAAUGUUGUUACAGAAAAGCAUUUGGAGCAGUAAAAUGCUAUUCGCCAGCAAUAAGUGCCGUGUUUGGUAGAUACUGUAUUGGUUAUUUGUGGCGUAACCUCAUGCAACAAGAGUGCAAUACUCCCUGACCCAUGAACUGGGUUUAAUUAUAAUUGGGAAAGUAGAUCACUGCUUUCACUUGAGUGCUUGUCUACUCGCUCUCUCUCUCUGUCUCUGUAUUCCCAUGAGACCCUUUAAAAAUCUAAAUCUGGGCUAUGUCACCUGUAUUAACUCUAUGUAACUCUGCUGGGAUGGGUGAGAUGUGUAAUUUGGUGGCUUGAGACUUCAAAUCAUUUCCAGAGAGGACUGAUGUUGGAUUUCGUGUUGACCUCAGUGUGUCUUCUACCUAUUUAAGGUUGUCAUCGAUACAUUUGCUCUGUAACUUUAAAACAUGUGAUUGUGCUCUCCUCUUGGAAAGCUUGCAUGUUGAAACACUUUUCAUUUUACUGUACAGAAGGUUGUCUAUUUUAACAUUGCCUUAAUUACCUGUGACUUUUGUUUUUUGUGAUGUCUGCUUGUGCUUUGUUCUGUUCAUGAAUCAUACUGUAAGUGGCACUGGAGUUUGACCGUACAUGCCCCUGUCUUUAUGCAACUACGUGUCAAUGAUUUUUAGCACCUUAUUAAAAAGAUGUUUUAAAAGGGAA